UCUCCUUUGACCAACGUACGCACCUCGUCAGACAAUCCCGAAUAUCGUUUUCAAUAGUGGCGAUUUGCCAGGCACCUGGCUCCGGGAUCUUCAGCUGAAAACGGGCAUUGUGAUUCCGAGCAGAUAUCGACUUCGUGCGGCCACUAAUGCACAAUUCUACGAGGUUAUCUUAUCUGAUGGCAUGAUCAGAUCGAGCUGUAUCCCACGCGAUGAACGCCGCCCCACGCAAGCGACGAACCGGUGCCACACGGCCGGUAAAUCAAUGACUAAAAUGUUUUGGGGGUCGUCUAUUUAAACCAUUGCAGGCCCUUCUUUUGAUGAAAGGGGAGAGAGGUAGAUUCACUGUCGAUAUUCGGCCACAACUGCAGCCUGUAUUCCGAAGAUCUGUUUAACAUGGCCGACAAGAUAGCGCCAAGGACCGACGGGGUCGAACCGGUGCCUUUCGAGAUGGAGGAGCCGAUAAAGGAGCCGAUCGAGAAGGUCCAAUAUGGUGUCCAACUAGCCGAGGCAGUCACUUUGUCCUGGACCAAGAGAUCGUUGAUCGUCAUGUACAUCUGCAUGUGGCUCUUGUACUUUGUGAACGCUCUUCAGAACAAUCUCACGUCAAACCUCUCGGCCUACAUCACCAGUGACUUUUCAGAGCAUUCGCUACUCACUGUCAUCAGUACCAUGACCAGCAUCAUGACCGCAGCUUGCACGAUGCCGAUCGCCAAGGUUCUCAAUAUCUGGGACCGUACUGUUGGCUUUACUUUCAUGAUGGUAGUCGCAAUCAUCGGUCUCAUCGUCAUGGCAUCCUGUCACAACAUUACUACAUACUGUGCGGCACAAGUCAUGUACUCUGUUGGAUUUACUGGUCUCAUUUUCACCGUCGACGUGAUAACAUCUGACACUUCGUCCUUGCGAAACAGAGGUCUCGCGUUCGCCUUCACAGCUUCCCCCAAUAUUAUCACCGCUUUUGCCGGAUCCCCCCUAUCCCAGCAAUUCCACGAGUCCAACUGGCGAUGGGCUUACGGUACUGUCUCGAUCUUGUUGCCUGUUGUUGCAACACCUCUCCUCGUUACCUGGUGGUUGGCAAAGCAAAAGGCGCUGAAGAACCACGUUAUUGAGGACACGACCCCGACGCGAACUUGGAUGGAGAGUUUCAAAUAUUACUUUGUGGAAUUUGAUGUGAUCGGAGUCUUUCUACUUAUUGCAGGCUUCUCUCUGCUUCUUCUCCCUCUCACCCUCGCCGCGUCGCAAGGCAACAAGUGGAAGACAGAUUACAUCAUCGCCAUGAUCGUCCUCGGUGGAGUUUUUGUCAUAUGCUUUGGUGUCUAUGAACGUUUCUUCGCUCCCAAGCCAUUCAUUGCCUAUCACCUAUUGUCCUCGCGUACAGUCAUUGGUGCUUGCCUUCUAGACUUUGCUUACCAGAUUGCGUACUACUGUUGGAACAGCUACUUCACGUCGUACUUGCAGGUCGUGUACAAUACUUCGCUCACCAAUGCAGGCUACAUCAAUUCGAUCUUUGACAUGGUUUCGGCUGUCUGGCUUCUGGGUGCGGGAUUCCUGAUGAGAUACACCGGACGAUUCAAGUGGCUUCUGUACAUUGCUGUCCCAUUGUACAUGCUUGCCGUCGGCCUCAUGAUUCAAUUCCGGUCGCCCGGCCAUAACAUUGGUCUGAUUGUCAUGUGCGAACUGUUCAUGGGUUUUGGAGGUGGUACGAUGAUUCUUGUUCAACAGAUUGCUGUCAUGGCGGCGUCAAAGCACGAGGACUACGCGGCAAUGCUGGCUCUCCUCAGUCUAUUUGGCAAUAUUGGCGGCGCCGUGGGGAACAGCAUUUCAGGUGCCAUUUGGACCAACACCAUGCCUAAGAAGCUGCGUCAAUUCCUGCCAGCAGACAAAAAGGCCGAAUGGGAGACUAUUUACGACGAUCUCACAGUGCAGCUGACCUACCCUGUUGGCUCGGAAACGCGAGAUGCCAUCGUCGCAGCCUAUGGAGUGGCGCAGAGAAACAUGUUGAUCGCCGGAACAGUCAUUAUGGCCUCGAGUCUUAUUUGGACUAUGAUGAUGAAGAAUAUCAAACUCAAGAAUCUUGAGGGCAUGGGUGUUGUCUUCUAGGCAACAUUUUUGCGGUGUCAUUGACGGAGGUCCAUAGCUAUUGGAAGACCGAAAUACUCGAAGGCAGAUGGGGGAAAAUCAGCUCAUCACGGCCGCUUAAAAGUGCAAAGGGCCAUUGGUAGUUACGCAAGUUUACCAGAUUGACGAAAAAUAGGAAACUGUGGCUUCAUAGUCGUGUAUGAUGUUCAUCAAUGGGUAUCCAAACACCCUUGCCGUAAUAAAUUUCGUUCCCUCAUAGUUGAUGGCACAACGACGGUCAGUACAGGAUUAUCAGUAACAAUUUGUAAUUUCGAACAAUUGCAUGCGGUCUAAGUGUUAUUAAUUGAUCAUGUGUCCUCUAAA